AGCAGGUCGACGGCGGCGGAGGGGGAUAUUAUCCAUGGUAUCCCCAGAGUUGGGAGAUGCAACACGAGCUGUGAAAAUGCGUGUGGGAACAGUAUCACCGGGGCGGAGGAUAGAGAGAGGAACAGCUUCAAGGGCAGAAGGCAAUAUCUCAACUGAAUCAGAGGAGGUGGUCGAGGUAGCAGGAUCUGAAAACAAAAAAGAAGAGAACAAUAUCAAAAACAAGCCAGAAAAAUUUACAUUGGUUGUCAAUUUUGGAGGUUAUUUUGUGAAAUGUGGACCUAUUAUGGAGUAUCUAACUGGUACUUUGAAGAGUAUUUAUGGGUUAGAUGCAGAUAGGUUUGGCUACUUUGACUUACAAGAAGAACUUCAGAAGUUGGGAGUUAAGAAGUAUGAAAAAAUUGUGUAUAGAAUACAUGAUGCUAGUCUUGGAGCUGAUAGUUUGAGAGAUGUAACUGAUGACAAAGGGGUUAUGGAGAUUAUUAGUUGUGGUAAGAAUAAGAGAACUGUAAUUCAGAUUUAUGUGGUUGGUGGUGACAUCAUUGAUGAUGAAGCAGAUGAGAAUGCUGAGGAUAGGGAAGAGGUGAAUGGUUUGAGUCAGACACAAUCUGAAAGCCAGCGGGAUGAAGAUGAUGGAGAAGAGGUGAAUGGUUUGAGUCAGACACAAUCUGAUAGCCAGAAAGAUGAAGAUGAUGGAGAAGAGGUGAAUGGUUUAAAUGAGACAAAAUCUGAUGGCCAGCAAGGUAAAGAUCAUAUGGAAGAG